AUGAUAUAAUAGAAAAAAUGCUAUAAAGAGCUUUAUAACUUUUUAAGCUCAUCUUUUGAAAGUCAUACUGAUCUGGAAAUAGAUCUUUGGAACUAAGUAGACGGUGAAGAAAUCCCAGAAUUAAGCUCAGGUUUAGCAAAAUGCACUAAUCUUUCAAGUUUAAAUCUAAACAUCUCAAAUUGCCUUAUCGGUGAUGAAUUUGCAUCAAACUUAGCUAUUGCUCUAAAAAAGUGCCCUAUGCUUUCGAAAGUGAAGCUAUAUCUCUCGGAAAAUGACAUUAGUGAAGAGGGUAUACUUGCCUUUACUUCUACAAUUGAAACCUACGCAAAUCUUACAGAUUUGACACUUUCUUUUGAAUCAAAUAAAAUUGGAGAUAAGGGUGCACAAUUUUUAAGUUCUGCCUUAGCAAAGAUUACAUGUCUUACAAGCUUAACACUUGAUCUCUCUUAAGGCUAAAUUGAUGUGCAGGGUGUAACUGAUUUAGGUUCAGCUUUAUCAAAAUGCAUUAAUCUAUCAAAUUUGUCUCUCAAUCUUAAGAGAAACUGGUUUAGUGAUGAGGGAAUAUUAGGCUUAACCUCUUCUUUUGCAAGCAUUCAAAAUCUCUCAAACUUGACUCUUGAUAUCUCAAACAAUUGUAUAAGUGAUCAGGGUGCUUUAAACUUAGGUUCAUCUUUAGCAACUUACAUGAAUCUCUAAAGUCUGGUGCUUGACGCUUCUGUCAAUGAGAUAUAAGACGAAGGAGUAUCAGCUCUAGGUAUCUCACUAGCAAACUGCAAAAAAAUCUCAAAUUUAUCACUUGGUCUCCAUAGUAACAAGUUUGGUUCAUAGGGUAUAUCCGGUUUAGGUUCUGCUUUUAAAAACAGUACUACCCUCUCAAAAUUGACAAUUGAUCUCUAAGCGAAUUAAAUUGGCGAUGAAGGUGCUUCAACCUUAGGUUAAGCAUUAGAAAAAUGCUUUAACCUCUCUGAUUUGACAUUAACACUAUGUGGCAAUUUAAUUGGGGAUGAAGGUUUAUCAAGAUUGAGUUCCUCUUUAGGAAACUGCAUAAAUCUUUCACACUUGACUCUUAAUCUAAGUAAUAAUUAGUUUGGUGACUAGGGUAUAUCAAGCAUAGCCUCUAAUUUCAAAAAUUGUACUAAACUGUCUAGUUUAACACUUGAUAUUAGUUAAAUUGAAAUUACUACUUAAUCUUUUUAAGACUUAAUUUUUGCAUUACCAAGCUGGGCUAAUAUCUCAAAUUUAUCACUUAAUCUCUCAUGUAACUUUAUUGAUGAAUAAUCAGCAUUAGACUUAGGUAUUUCUUUAUCUAAUUGCCUUAAUCUCUAAAAUUUGGAACUAGAUCUUAACUACAAUAGUAUUAAUUUAAAUGGUGCUUUAGAUUUAGCCUCUGGUUUAGCAAAGUGUGCUAAACUUUCAACUUUGAAACUUAGAAUAGGAGAAACUAGUAUUCCUUAUGAAGAAUUAUUUAACAUAUCGACAAAGAUUUUGAAAUAAAAAAAUCUAGUUGUCAUGAUGUUAGUUUUAUGA